UUAUAUUACACUUCAGUUCUGUCAGAUGCUUCCAAUAAUAGCAUUAAAACUAUUUCUUCUAGGGCUAAGUCUUCCCUCUGUUAGAUUAGAAAAUAGAACAGAAACCAGGAAAAACGUGACCAAAUCGGAAAAAAGUGAGAGUAACAAAACAGAAGACAGGACUGAGGGCCCACCAUUACCAACAGAGGAAAGGGAAAAUGUAACCGACAUUUUGCUAAUAGAUCUUCCAGCUGGUAGCGAUUAUGGAUUCGGUGAAGAGGACGGUGGAAAAGAAGUUUUAAUAAAAACUAAGAACAGCGAAACUAAAGGAGUAGUUCACAAGAAGAAUUCACUCUUUAGUAAAGAUCUAGAGGUAGAAGAAUGUGAGAAAGGAGAAUGUAAAAAGUCAGCGAUUGAUAGCAAGUUUAAGAAGAAACUAGAAGAUUGUACGUAUACAGGAAAAUUAGUAGAUGACCCGGACUCUACUCUCUCUGUUACUAAUUGUGCGGGUGUGAUGCAAAUGACAUACAUGUCCUCGAAAGCAAAUCUGAGUUCGAACUCAUUUCGAAAAGAAAAUGGAAAAACAUAUCAAAACGAAGGCAUAAUAAGGCGAGAUCAGAAAAUUUCCCAAAAAGGAGUUGAGGAAACUUUAGCAGAAGAAACUGCUCGAAAGGUUAAGAAUGGGGACGCAUAUCUUACUCCUGAUGGAGAAACUGUAGAAUUGGAGGAGAUGGACAGUAGAGAUUAUUCAGAUGAUAAGUGUUGCAGAGUAAAGAAAAAAAUCUGUAAGAAGGAUAAAGUUACAAAGAAAACAAAUCUGCUCAGCUGUCGUACAAGUUACUCGGACACUAAAUGUGGAGUUGAUUGCGAAAAAUACAAAGAAAGAAUUCAAAAAAAUUCCAAAAAAAAUAUAGAAAAUAUCAUGAAAAAGAACCAAACAGCAACAGAGGAAACGAAAAGUUCCGCGGGAAAAGAUGAAACAACAACAUCUAAAUCUGAAACCUCUAAGGAAGAAACACCUGAAGAAUCCACAACUGAAGCAUCCAACAACGAGGAAACUACUGAAAGUAAUGCUGAUAAAGAUAAGAAGGAUAAGAAAGAUGUGAUAAAGGACAGCUUUUACAAUGAACUAUUCGGUGACGACGAUGAAGAUGAAAAAAAAGAUGGCGAUGAUAAAGAAGAAGACGCCUACGAAAAAGAAGAAAACAAGAAGAAGACUACUGGUGGUUCAGGGGAUAAGGAUGAAAAAAGUAAAGAUCUAAGAGAUCUAGUGACUGAUGAACUAGUAAAAAUAAACGAGGAUGCUGAAACUUCUAAAAAAAGAGAUGCACCAAAAUCUAACUCGAUGUUCAGGAGUAAAGCUGUAAAAUUAAUUUGCGCGGGGGGUUGUGCAGAGAAAGCUGAUAAUCCAACUGAGAAAAUCUACGAUGAGCGAACUAUUGAACUUGGUAUUUUUGUUGACAAAUAUCUUUGGAAUGAUAUGAAAGAACAAGUAAAAGGUGGAGAAGAUGAUGUAAAGCUUGCUAUGCUAGAUAUGAUUCACAGCCUUGUCGUUAGCACUGAAACACUUUAUCAGCAUCCAACCGUAUCUGCAAAAGGAGGUUUUAAGCUGGCUAUUAAUGGUAUAGUAAUCUGGAAGGAUGAUAAUGAUCCUCUAGUCAAGGCUAUUCAUGAUGCUGGAGACCAGUUGGAACAGCUUGAUGCCUUUCAGGAAUAUGCGAAGAAUAAUAAUGAACUUGUUUAG